UCUAAUUGCUAAUUCUUUUUAUUCAGAACACUUUACAUUAGUGAAACGGUGAGUGUUGAAAAAUAGAAAUAACAACAAAAUUCCAGUCAAAUAAGAACUCUGGUUAAAAUUGUCCUGAUAACAGUGUAAUAAGAUUAGCAUUGAAGGAAGUAGAUAAGUUCCAUUAUCACCACACUUUUCCUUUACCCAUUUAAUUUCUUUUCAAACAGUUUCAAACUUUCGAGGCAUUCAAAUCCAUUUUUCAUCCCUUACGUUGCCACCCCUGCUGUUUGACAUUGCAUAAAAAUGUCACACAUAUGUCACGGGUAAAUGUCAAACUUUUUAUUUAUAAUGUGAUUGUUUAUGGUCACUUGUAACAUCACGACUCACUUCAAGAUGUUCCUGUGAAAGUACUUAAAUUGAGCCCACCUUUGCGCACCAAAUCCGAGAAUGUCAGGUGUCUUCGGCUACAGCCGCGAGGCUGUUCGUGUCAAAGUUAAGAAAUAUGAGGGAUCCCAACCCCCCGAGCUGCGCAAGUUCAGUGUGGAUCCCCAAAUCACGUCAUUUGAGGUCUUGCAAAGUAUCUUAGCCAAAGCUUUUGAUCUCAAAGGGGACUUUGCGAUUUGUUAUCGGUUGUACGACGUUAGUGGGCACGAGACGUACAUGCCGUUGUUGUCAGACUGGGAUUUGGAUGCAGCGUUUUUGAAGGCCUAUAAUAUGUCAGUGGGGAACAGUACAGAGCCCUGUUUAUGCCUCCGCGUCGACUUGAAGCCUUUUGAGGAAUGUUCGGACGACUGGGAACUAAAACAAAACCUCCCUAUUAUAACUCAAAUUCGUACUUCUACAUGCCAAGAAGCCAAACCGUCGCCACGCCUUCAUGGAAUUUUCAAUCAAAUGGGAAAAACGUUUAACUUGGUACAAAGGGCGUUUCUGGGGGACGACGGAAAUGCUCCGCUACAGCCCCCGAGGCCUCCGUUAUCCGAUUCCGAAUUCAGAUCUUUUCUAGACCCUGUAGGACAAAUAAUAUACGCUAAGGAGCUUAGAAAUGUCAUUUAUUUUGGCGGAAUUGAUCCCAGUUUGAGGAAAGUCGUUUGGAAACAUUUACUCAACGUUUAUCCCGAGGGAAUGACAGGAAGGGAAAGAAUGGAUUAUAUUAAAAGAAAAGCCGCGGAAUAUGUGACUUUGAGGGAAACCUGGAAGGCGGCAAUUGCUCAAGGGCCAGUGGCUGGGGAAUUGGCAUAUACUACAGGAAUGGUCCGAAAAGAUGUCCUAAGGACUGAUAGGCAUCAUCCUUUUUACGCCGGGAGUGACGAUAAUCAAAAUAUUGCUUCGCUUUUUAAUAUUUUGACCACUUAUGCCCUAAAUCACCCCAAAGUGAGCUACUGCCAAGGGAUGAGCGACUUGGCGUCUCCUCUGUUGGUAACUAUGAACGACGAGGCCCAUGCCUACAUCUGUUUUUGUGCCCUUAUGCAGCGCCUCAGUACGAAUUUCAUGAUUGAUGGAAUCGCAAUGACUCAAAAAUUUACUCAUUUAGCCGAAGGUUUAAUGUAUUACGACUCUGAAUUUUACAAUUAUUUAAAAUCACAUCAGGCUGACGAUCUUUUAUUUUGCUACCGAUGGCUCCUCCUCGAAAUGAAACGCGAAUUUGCCUUCGAGGACUCCCUUCGCAUGUUGGAAGUGUUGUGGAGUUCGUUGCCGUCGUAUCCCCCUGAAAACGAACUGAAACUGUACGAUAUACAAUUCCAGCCGAUCUCGGCGACGCCCCCCAUGAGCCCCCUAGUCAAAACGCCUCGCGAGAACGCAUACACCAAAGUUUGUGCUUUGCGUCGUCAAAGCUCAUCGAUUUCGCUCAGUAAUUACACGACGAAAAAAUCAGGAACUGUCAAAAGACAAAAUCAUAGUCUUGACGAGACUAUCAGUAAAUCACGGAAUAAUAUUUUAGAUAUUAAGUUGAAACACCAAAGUUUAGACGAUGCUGCCCUCUCGCAACAAAAAUUGGCGAAAAGUAACGAAACGUCACCGAAAAAUGCCGAACUAUCGCCGAGGUCGCCCAAAAACGAACUCAGACCGAGAUCGGUGUCGCCACUAGAAGCCAAAUCCGAUUCUUAUAUUUUAUAUAACGGAGUUAACAAUGCGAAGAAGAAUAGUUUGUCAUCGAGUAUGACAAGUUUGAUUAAAACCACGAAAAAGAGUGGACAUUUUAAGGAUCUGAAGGAUCGGAUAGCAGCAGCGAAAUUGUUUUCUUCCCUUGAACGGCUCGACAAUUCGAUUAAAGAAGAAAAUGAAACGCAACCUAAAGGCAAGAUGGUAAAAAAUUUGAAUGAAUUUCUGAACUUUGCUGCGGCAAAUAAGAAUAAAUUCUCCGAUAAGUUAGUUCGAAUGGGGACAAGUGUGAGUGACGUCCAUAAACCGAAAAUUCUUCUCACUAAAUCGAGUUUCGAUGAUUCGGAAAGUUCGAGCUUGGAUAAAACGAGACAUUAUUCGUCGACUUCAAACGAGGACACUUUCGAUGAGUACAGCCCUGACGACUCCCAAGAGUAUUUUCCUUUGACCACUUCUGUGACACGAGAGUUGAGACUGGAAUUGGAAAAUUUAGACCGGAAAGUGUUCGGCGAUAAAUACAUCGAGAGAUUGUCAGAGUCCCCCUCCACUGACGGAAGCAGCGAAGUAAAAACGGAGCGCCUGGAAGAGAUCACAAAACCUGCAAUCCCACAGUCAAAUCGAGACAAGGAGAAGCGGAAAAGUGACGACAUCUUUGUCUGGGAGAACCCUCUCUUGUCCAAAACUAGUCCCACUUCCAUGCAAACACCCGACGAACAAGCCGAUCUCGAGUACGACAGUGAAAUGCCUACGCUAGUCAACGAAACCUCAGCUACAAAAACCGUGACUCCUAUCAAAGUCAUUACGUCGUCGAAAUCGGCGAAGAAAGUGGUUAGAAACGAGAAAGAGGAACUUUCGCAUGUUUCACUCCCGGUGAAUGGGGCCCCCAUGACGAAUUCCUGCGAGGAGGUGACGGAAACCAUCCGACCUUCGCUGCUCCCUCCACCUAAAGAAUUUGGUGGAGGCAAUGCGUUUCUUAUGUUUUUAUGUAUAACUGUGCUUUUGCAACACCGCGACCACAUUAUAAGUAAGGGUAUGGACUAUAAUGAGAUGGCGAUGCAUUUUGAUAAAAUGGUGAGGAAACAUGACGUCACUCGAGUGUUGAAUCAGGCGAGACAGAUGCAUGCGAGGGAGAAGGCGAGUCGGUCGAAAUUUGUUUUGUGUUAAUGAUUACGAAAUUACUUCCAAAAAGCCAACUAAAUUCAUUCCGACGUUUUUUAUGUUGUGUAUUUUCACUUCACUCUAUACAAUUGAAAAAAAGAAAUAAAUCAUCAAGCACUUUCACUUUAAAAAUAUAAUUUAAAUCUUUUUACUUUACUUUUGAGGCUACAUUUUAUAACAAUCUCUGGUUUCUCUUAUUUAAAAACAAGUUGCAACGUAAAGUGUACAAGUAAUAUAUUUUAUUUGAAACUGUCCGGUAAAUUCCGUUUACCGGCUCUAUUUUGAGUACGAGAAAUGAGUUAUUACGGUAUGAGGCAGAAAGUGUAACCAGUAACAUUGAAUAUUGUUAAAAUGAUUUUGAACUGAAUCUACCAGACAGUAUUUGCAAUUACUAUUGUUUUUACAAGUUGGAGUAAGCAGAAGAAAAGUAAAAAGUUUGAACAAAUUUACCUGCACAAGUCAGGAGGAUUGUGAAUUAUAAAAAUCCUUCAGCAAUACAUAAAAAAUUUAAAUUACUUGUCAAUUAUGCUUUCAUUGAAUUUGAGUUGAAUUUCACGAUGAUAAUAAAAGUAUUAAAAGAGAAAA